AUGAACAUGCCAACCUCUUCCCAUGUUCUCCUUCCUCGUAGAGUUAUAAUUUUCAUCAUGUUCCUUCAAAUCCAAACAAUCACUUCUUCUCUCUCAUCUUCCCCACAAAAACAACCUUUCAUAUUACCAUUAAAACUCCAAACACUCCCACAUGGCACAAUUUCACUUCCAAACCCUUCUUCACGUAAACUCUCUUUCCAACACAAUGUAACCUUAACCGUUUCACUAACAUUAGCCUCACCCCCACAGAAUGUUACCAUGGUCCUCGACACAGGGAGUGAACUCUCGUGGCUACACUGUAAAAAGCUUCCGAAUUUAAACUCCAUUUUCAACCCCCUCCUCUCUUCAACAUACACCCCUAUCCCAUGCACUUCACCCGUCUGUAAAACCCGAACCCGAGACUUCCCCGUACCCGUUUCAUGCGACGCAAAAAAACUCUGCCACGCUACAGUCUCCUACGCUGACGCCUCCUACAUGGAAGGAAACCUCGCCACGGAAACUUUCUUCGCCGCCGGGUCAGCACAACCCGGAACUAUAUUCGGGUGUAUGGAUUCCGGGUUCAGCUCCAACACAAACGAAGACUCCAAAACAACCGGGUUAAUGGGCAUGAACCGUGGUUCUCUCUCGUUUGUAACCCAAAUGGGGUUACCCAAAUUCUCGUACUGCAUCUCCGGUAAAGACUCCACCGGCGUGUUACUAUUCGGAGACUCAAAUUUUAACUGGCUCGGCCCAUUAAAGUACACACCUCUAGUCAAAAUGUCAAUCCCAUUACCGUAUUUCGAUCGAGUCGCAUACACGGUUCGACUCGAGGGAAUACGAGUCGGGAAGAAAUUACUUCAGGUACCAAAAACAAUCUUCGCACCGGAUCACACCGGAGCGGGUCAGACAAUGGUGGAUUCGGGUACACAGUUUACCUUCCUUUUAGGACCGGUUUACACCGCAUUGCGAGAAGAAUUCAUAGCUCAAACAAAAGGAGUAAUGACCCUUUUGAACGACACGAAUUUCGUCUUCCAGGGGGCUAUGGAUUUGUGUUAUAGAGUCGGGUCGGGUCGGGUGGGUCUUCCGCCUUUACCGGCGGUGACGCUUAUGUUUGAAGGAGCGGAGAUGAGUGUUUCAGGGGAGAGAUUAUUGUACAAAGUUAGUGAUGACGUGGCAAAAUGGAAGAAUGAUUUGGUGUAUUGUUUCACGUUUGGGAACUCUGACUUGUUGGGAAUUGAGGCUUAUGUUAUUGGACAUUAUCAUCAAAUGAAUGUGUGGAUGGAGUUUGAUUUGGUGAAGUCUAGAGUUGGAUUUGUUGAUACUAGUUGUGAACUUGCAAGUCAACGAUUAGGGAUGGUUCCUUAG